AUGGUUUCCACACCAAAGAAAGAGAUAGUCUCUUAUGUUCCUGAUUUCAUCAAUGUCUACAGCGAUGGAACCAUAGAACGUCUCAAUGACAUGCCAAUAGUCCCACCAUCACCACAAGAUCCUAAAACUGGUGUCUCAUCUAAAGACAUUCUCAUUUCCAAUGACCCUUCACUCUUUGCUAGACUUUUUCUCCCAAAACUAUCCAAUCAAAACCAAAAAAUACCAAUCUUGGUUUAUUUUCAUGGUGGUGCAUUUUGUUGUGAAUCACCUUUUGCUUCACAUCACCACAAUAUUUGUAACCUUGUUGCUUCUCAAGGAAAUGUUCUAGUCUUUUCUAUUGAAUAUAGAAAAGCUCCGGAACAUUUUCUUCCAACGAUGUUCGAUGAUUGUUGGUUUGGUCUCAAUUGGGUUGCUUCUCAUAACACUACAUUAGAAAAUGUUCCAACAAAUAAUGACCCUUGGAUUCUUAAUCAUGGUGAUUUCAGCAAAGUUUUCCUUGGUGGUGAUAGUGCUGGUGCAACUAUUGUUCACACCAUGGCUAUACGUGCUGGUGCUGAAAAACUACCAUUUGGUGUUGAAAUAUGUGGUGCUUAUAUGAACCAUCCACUUUUUUGGGGUUCAAAACCAUUAGGGUUUGAAAAAGUUAAGCAUUAUGAGGAGGUGAAUGAAUUUACUAAUUUGCUUUGGGAAUUUGUGUACCCUAAUUCUCCUAAUGGGAUAGAUAAUCCAAUGUUGAAUCCAAUGAGUCCAUAUGGACCUGAUUUGAGUACACUAGGUUGUUCUAAAAUGCUUAUUACUGUUGCUCGCAAUGAUCCUCUUAGGGAUAGUGCAGUUAUGUAUUAUGAGGCUGUGAAAGAGAGUGAUUGGAAUGGAGAAGUGGAAUUGUUUGAAGAAGAAGAUGGAGGUCAUGUUUAUUAUAUUUUUUCUACUGAAUCUGAGAAAGGACAAAAGCUCAUCAAAGUGGUUGCUGAUUUUCUUCUCAAGUGCAAGAAUUAA